AUGGGCAACAGUGAAUCGAAUGAGAAUCAAGGACUUGGAGGGAUGGGCAAGGCUGGAGAUGAAAGUAAUAAGUACAAGUUGUACAGGUUGGUGGAUAUGCACGGAGGGGGCGAGUUGGUACCGUGGAUGAGGUAUGCAAAGAACAGUGGCGAUUACUCGAUUAUUGAUGAAUUCAUCGAGACCAAGGUGAAAGAGUUGAUGUACAAUUCGGGCAAAGGUAAAAUGGUGAGUGUAGCUGAAUUGGUGAAGAUUCGGAACAAGGAACGAAACGCGAUGUUGAGUGCUUUGAAAAGAAAGAAGGGUAAAGCACUGAAAUUGUUGGAUGGCGGAGGGAGGGGUGGUCAAGGCGAUUCGAAGUAUCGAGAAGUGGUUUGGAAAUUGGAUGAGCGUGGAACAAUGGGUGAGAAUUUAGUGGGUAUUUGUUUGCUGCAAGGAAGUGCGGUGCAUAAUACGUUGGCGAUUAAACUGAUGAGUACGUAUCCGAAGAUGAUCAAUGAUAUCUUCAUUUCUGAGGAUUAU